GCUGAUUUUGGCGAAAUCCUGACGAUGGUCGGCGGCACUGAGUGCGGUGCCGUGCCCGAGCGAGUUGCAUGCUCAAGAUGUAUCUUGGAAGAGAUCGGCGUUCAAGAAGACGAUCUGUCGCAGGCGGGACGAAGGUCGCUGCACAUCCUUGCCCAAGCAGGACGAGUUCUCAAAGUAGAUCAAGUACACAUGAGCGAGUACAUCAUUUGAGAUGGCAAUGCAAUCACCGCAAGAGUCCCUUCCGACAUGUGCUUAGAUAUCUAAGAGCGAUGGACAAGCUCAGCACCCGAGAAGAAAUUGCUGCCGAGGCCAUCGCGGCGCUGCACGAUGACAUGAAGAAGAACACCUUGCGCAACGAUCGUGCUCGACGCGAACUCGCGCACAUCAUACACAUGCACGACACGAUGCGAAACAUGGCGGAAGAGCGCGAGAUCACAGAAAACUCGAGUAUGUUCAAACACUGGUCGCGCGAUUGCGAGGAAAAGGAGCGUCAUUAUGCGCAAGAAAUCGAGCGAUGCAAUGCGGAGCUUCGAUCGCGCAGAUUUCCAUUGGACGAGUCGUACGUAAUCGGCUUCACCAAACGCAACUUGCGACAGUGACGCUUGUUGGACAGAUUGGAACACCAUACGCUCGUGUCCCUCGCGGAAGACUGUGCGUCCAUCGAAGCUUCUACCUACGACCUAGCAGCGCAAUUGUCCUUUUAUAGGGCUCUCCCUUCGACUGUCAUGGAGGCUCAACGGGCCUUGGAGGCCAUGGAAGCGGAAUUUACGCAUGAAGCCGCGGACGGUGUCGAAUCCAGUUAAAUUGAAAUUCAUUUUUCUCUCCGAAAA